AGGAGGGUGAUGGGCGGAGUUAAAUGGUCCGGGUGGGGGUGAGGUCUACAUAUGUUACUUUUUCCCGCAUUCGAGGAGGAGUAAAUACUCCAAAACAAAAUAUCAAAAAGAAAAUCCGACGGGACACUGGGGUGAAUAUAACAGCGGCACAGAAAUCAACAGCAAUGCGAUCGGAGAGCUGCUUCCGGGUAUCGCUGGGAACGAGAGGAAAUAGAUAUUGAAGCCUCAGUGCAUUCUGGGUGCAAGAAAUUAACGAUCUAUUUACAGCUUUACGCAUUUGUUAAAUUCCAUUCCGGUGCAAGUGGAUGCGUGGCUAAAGUGCAACUGGUUGAGUUUUUAAAAAAUUCUUUAAAUUGUGUGUUUUUGGUCCUUUGGAGUUAGGAAGAGCUGUGGAUUUAGCCUGGUUGUCUGGUUCUCGCAAGUAGGGAACAUGACCAAGUGGCAGAAGAAGACCCCUCUGGAAUGGCUGACAUAUGUGAAUAAAGAAGUCAAUGUUCUGGCUGCUGAGAAACACAAAUAUCAAGGGUGGGUCUUAACAGUUGACCCUGUAUCAGCCAACAUUCUUCUGGCACAUCCUCUUGAGAAUGGAAAAAUGUCCAUUUCAGCAGUCCUGGGCCAUGCAGUGCAAGAUGUUGAAAUAUUGGCCGAAGCAGAUGAUGAGAUAAAAGAGAAACUUGCACACCUCUUCAUGCCUGAACAGAGGCAAAGGUAUAGUCAAGAAGAGCUGGAGAAAAAGAAAACCAGUCUGAAGGAUUGGCUGGAGACAAACCAUAUUCCUGUGAAAGAGCAAGGAGAGUCACAAACAAUGCUGUGUGUUGCAGGAGUGUUAACUAUUGAUUCACCUUAUCGGCCAGAAGACUGCAGUAGUUCCAAUGAAAUAAUUUUGUCCAGAGUCCAAGGAUUGAUACAGGGUUAUCUUGCACUUCAGCAAUGUCAGAUAUAGUUCUCAAGUAGUGGGAAGAAGUUUAAUGUACUUGUAGGGUCAAUGGACUGCCUUUUCUCUCCAAGGUCUGUCUGUUAAUUGGUGUCAAGAUAUUUACCAUUGAAGCAAAGAUCUUCUGGCUACCUUUGUUCACAGAAUAACCAGCUUAAUUGAAAGCAAUGUGUGUGGUACAUUUAAAAGUCAUCUGACUUUGUUUUGGAAUCCUGGAACUGAUCCUUCUCCAGAACAUUUUGCAGACUCCUAUGUAAAAAUGUCCCAACGAAAGUAUCACAGCUACUAGGACUUCCUCUUGUCAUCCAGCUAUAAAAUAUUUAUGAAUAUCUGUAUUGAAAUAGUCCAGACACUGCCCUUUCAUGAAAUAUCAAAAGCACACCAUAUAGGACAGUUUUCUUUAUAGUGUCUUGUUCAAGUAGUGUUUGUGGAUGAGAGAUGGCCUGCAACUGUACAUUCUGCCUUCCCCCUCUGAAAUUGGCUUUGUAUUUACCAGUUAGUGGUAUGUUUAAAGAUAUAACAGCAUCUGUUGGGUAUGAGGAACCUUGAAGUUCUGUUGGGAAGCCAAAGGUUAUCCAAAUAAUUUUUCAGGGUGGGACGUUUUAUUUGUUAAAGUGACAAAGUAGAACAAUCAUUGAGAGGAACACGUUACAUAUCUGUUAUUGGAUCGUCUGAUGUAGUUUUAAUGUUAAAAAGGGUGUGUGUGUGGUGGGGGAGAGAUCAGUGCUUUGGAGGUGAGGUAAUCUCUGAGGGUUGCUUUAAUACUUUGACCUUAUACUUGUCUACUGACAGAAAUUAGGCCUGCUGAAUUCCUGUUGGCACCAGAAGGCAAAAGAAACAAAAGCUAGUAUAAGUUCAGGGUAGCCAUUUUUCUAUCAAAACAGGGCAGAGUUAUUUUUGAUUUAAAAAAAUACAUUGGGAUAGCUAUCAUAUAUCUGUUGGGCCUCUAAACUCUAACCCCUUACCCUCACGGGCAGCAUGAACCAUUUUGAACACCAACAAAACAAUAUGCUGGGUAAAAAUAAAAAAAUCCAUUCAGUUAUUCUCUUGCCUUUCAAGCUUAUUUCUAUUUACUUGUCACUUUCUCACUUGACCAUAGCUUGUUUCUUCAAUGCCUCAGGUAUUUCUAGCUACUGAGCCCUCAUCAACAGAUGUCAAAUGCUUACCUUUGAUUGGGUAAAUUAGUCUUGUGCCUACACUCAUGCGCAAACCUCCCCCCUAAAAACCCCCUGUAAGGGUUGAGCAUCACUGUAAUAUGCCUCCAGGCUUCUGAACACUGGCUGCCGUGUCAACUAAAAAGAAGAAAAGCUCAUCCUGUGCAAAUCUACCCAAGUGAUAAGAGCCAGAGGCCAUUGUUUUCCCAGGACUUACAAUAGUGACUGAAGAGUGCUGAAUUUUUCUUUGAUUCACAAUGUGCAAGUGUCACACUUCAAGCAAAAUACAGGAGUAAAAAAAAAAUUGGUUUUAGUGAUCAACAUUUAUUUGUAGAGCUCAUUAUUUGCAUUUUCGAUCAAUGAACAGUCCAAGUGAUAUAAAAUCACAGUAAGUUUUCUAACAACAUACUGAUCAAUUUUUAUCACCAGAUAUACCUGUAUACUCAUUUAGGGAUUUUCCUCCCCAAAACAUGUCUGUUACACAAUUACAAGGUACAAAUUUAUUUUCAUACUAUUGUAUAAAAAGCUGCCCAAGGCUAAAAGCAUAACGAACUAUCAGAGUAAGCUCCUUGCUCUGAAAUUCCUCAACCAUUUUUUCCCCUAAACAACCCUGUGUAUGAAUUACAUGGUAAUGUAUGUAUGUUAUGUUUGGAAUAAUAAAUUUUUAAAAAUGAAAAAAAAAAA